AAUAGGUCUAUGAUAGGUCUAUUCUAUAUUUUGUCUAUAGUUUGUGUUCAUAUGCUUUUUGUAUCAAGAGAAUUUUGUGAUUGCUUUGGAGUAACGGAGUGUUUUCUAACUUUUUAAUCAAUUUAUUUAAUCGUUUAUUUUGAAAUAAGAAAAUGAAACCUUUAAUGUUACAUGGGCACGAACGUGCAAUAACACAAAUCAAAUAUAAUAGAGAAGGAGAUUUAUUAUUCUCUUCUAGCAAAGAUAAAAAGCCAAAUGUUUGGUAUUCUUUGAAUGGGGAACGUCUUGGAAGUUUUAAUGGACAUAAUGGUUCUGUAUGGUGUAUUGAUGUUAAUUGGGAUACAACAAGAUUUUUAUCUGGAAGUGGUGAUAAUACAUUAAGAGUUUGGGACUGUCAAACUGGAAAAGAAAUAGGUUUACUUCAUACAAACAGUUCAGUGAGAACAUGUAGCUUUAGUUACUCAGCAAAUCUUGCUGUUUAUUCAACAGAUAAAGCUUUAGGACAUCAAUGUGAAAUGUUUAUUAUGGAUAUUAAAAAUGUUGAUGCAGUUUUAUCACAAGCAGAUGCAAUUUCUAGAAUUGCUGUGAAUGGCCCUAGAAUUUCUGCUAUUUUAUGGGGUGCAUUAGAUGAAACAAUUAUUACUGGCCAUGAAGAUGGUGAAAUCACUCUUUGGGAUGUUAGGACAAGAAAAAAAUUGACAAGUGUUAAAGGUCAUAAAUCACAAAUAAAUGAUAUGCAAUUCAACAAGGAUGGUACUAUGUUUGUAACUGCAUCAAAAGAUAAUACUGCCAAAUUAUUUGAUAGUGAAUCAUUAAUGUUAUUGAAAACAUAUAAAACAGAAAGACCUGUUAAUUCUGCUACAAUUUCUCCAAUUUUUGAUCAUGUCGUUCUUGGAGGAGGUCAAGAUGCUAUGGAUGUCACAACAACAUCAACUCGUCAAGGAAAAUUCGAUUCUCGAUUUUUCCAUUUAGUAUUUGAAGAAGAAUUUGCACGUUUAAAAGGACACUUUGGUCCAAUUAAUUCUUUAGCAUUUCAUCCUAAUGGUCGAAGUUUUUCAACGGGUGGGGAAGAUGGUUAUGUUCGUAUUAAUACAUUUGACCAAUCUUACUUUGACUUCCAUUUUGAAUAUUAAUUUUACGAAAUAAAAGAAAAUAUAUGUCAAUCAAA